AUGAGAUCUAACUGGUUAUCAACAGAGAAUCCUUCAACUGUCUUACUAGGGUUUUUCCCUUUUAUAACAGCCGACAGCCUUUUUGAGAGGUGCCGCCAGGUGUACUUCGCCACCGAGGAAUACUCUGAUGCUACGUUCAUUGUGGUGAAUGCAUGCCUCGUAUAUCUUUUUAGUGAAUUUAGCUUCUCAGAAAGUGAAACCUCAAAGCGAGAAAUAUAUGAUAAAUAUCACGACCUCUGUCGUGUUAACCUUGAGACAGGUCUAGCGAACCUGAGUCUUUUGACGCCUGCAACAAUGGAGUCAAUAGAAGCCCUCAGCAUGGGAGCUAUUCACGCAAUCGAAAUUUCGAAGCCCUCCUUGGCGUUAGCGUUGACUUCAACCGCAUUUCGGCUGUGCCAGACGCUCGGUUAUCAUCGGGCCUCAUCAAUGGAGAACGACAGUUACACCGUGAAGCAAAACAAGCGCCGUUUAUUUUGGUCAGUUUAUGUCACAGAGAAAGCCCUUUCGCUGCGGCUAGGCCGUGCAUCAUCCAUACAGGAUUAUGAUAUUUCAUUACCCACCACAUUUGAACUUCUUGGAGAUUUUGAGCCGUGGAGAACUAUCUAUCCGCUAUGGAUUAAUCUAGCCAGAAUCCAGGGUAAGGUGUAUGAGAUGCUCUAUAGCCCUGCAGCCCUGCGUAAGCCUGCAGACGAAAGGGCGUCAUAUGCCCGUCAAUUGGCAGCAGAGAUGCAAAUGAACGUUGAAGAACCAUUCAAGGCCGAAGCCGGUGAUGUUCGAUGGAAUGGACCUGUUCCUGUGCCGGGACCUAUCCCCCAAGGUUUGGCCGAAGGAGCCGAAGGACAAGGAUUCCAGAACACUAUGCCUCCGACUACAUUAGGCAGCUGGUUCUCGGGUAACCAACAUAUGAUGGGACUUUUAGAGGAGGAUCUAUCGCUUUUUGAUCCUUCUGCGUGGUCAUGA